UUUGAGAGAGCACGUUAUCGCGGAACUCACCACCCCACUACUACGCGGCCCGGAGUUAGAGAAAGCCGGGCGGCGAUAACACGAACCACGAAUCACCCCGAAACGGCAAAGGGGCUCGUCGGCGCGGUCAGUUUCAUGUUGAACCCGUUCACAGGCGAACGGCAAAACAAUGCGCUGUUGCGAUCGUGUUCCGGGUGCGAUGGUGAGCAGUUUGGCGCUGUGUGGUGUGCUGCUGCUCGCAUUGUCUCACACACCAUUGGUUACGGCAGGCGGAUUGCCCUGCGCCUUGCGGCAGUAUCCGAACGGAGCGGUGUGCGUGUGCAAUGCGACGUACUGCGAUACGCUCGAGUACCGUGAGCCGACGGAGCUGGGCAGCUUUCUGCUGGUGUCCAGCAGCAGUGGCGGGCUGCGCUUCGCCCAAACCGAGGGCAACUUUUCGCGCACUACCAAACAGCAGCGGCCGAUCCGUGCGGAAGUGGACGUCACGAUCACGCUCGACCCGUUGCGGCGCUACCAGCGGGUGGAAGGUUUCGGUGGCGCGUUUACCGGCGCAGUGUCGCACAAUCUGGGCCGGCUGAACCCGGCGCUGCGCGAAAGCCUGUACAAAGCGUACUACUCGCCGACGCAGGGGAUUGCGUACCGGUUUAUGCGCGUACCGAUCGGUGGCUGUGAUUUUGACCUGGCACCGUGGGCGUACAACGAGCUGCCGGUGAACGAUGCGACCCUGUCCAACUUCACCCAUCUGGAUGAGCGCGAUCUGGUGAAGGUGGCCCAGAUCAAGGAGCUGAUGAACGUGACGGGCAACGGUGAGAUACGGCUGAUCGGUGCCGCCUGGAGCCCGCCGCCGUGGAUGAAAACGAACAACGAUUGGACGGGCGCCAGCCGGUUACGGCCCGAGUACUACCAGACGUGGGCCGACUAUCACGUGCGCUAUCUGGAGCUGAUGCGUGCCGCCGGGCUAAACUUUUGGGCCAUCUCGACCGGCAACGAACCGCUGAACGGUGUGAUCGGCUUCCUGUUUGUGCACUUCAUGAGCCUGGGCUGGAUUGCGCAGGACCAGGGCCGCUGGGUGGGAGAGAACCUCGGCCCGGCGCUCCGCGCUUCCGCCGUCAGCGAGGUGAAGCUGUUCGGGUGCGACGACCAGCGGUACACGUUCCCGCUGUGGUUCAAGCUGAUGGACGAGGGCCACCCGAACGCGACGCGCUACCUGGACGGGCUGGCCGUCCACUGGUACUGGGACGGUGUGGCGCCGGCCGCCCUGCUCGACCAGACCGCCGCCCGCUAUCCGGACAAGUGGAUCUUCAACACGGAAGCCUCCCUGGGCGACAAGCCACUGCAGCACCAUCGGCCCAUCCUGGGGUCGUGGGAGCGGGCCGAAUCGUACAUCGUGUACGUGAUGCAGGACCUGCAGCACAGUGUGCACGGAUGGAUCGAUUGGAAUCUGGUGCUCGAUGAGCGCGGCGGUCCGAACUAUGCGGACAACUUUGUCGAGAGUGCGGUGAUUGUGAACGGGACGUCCUGGGAGGAAGCGUACAAGCAGCCGAUAUUCUACGGGCUGGGACACUUUUCACGCUUCAUACUGCCCGGCUCGGUGCGGCUGGAGGUGCAGUCGUCCAGCGGCGAUGUGCAGGUCAUUGCAUUUGAGCGGCCCGACAAGCGCACGGUGCUCGUAAUGUACAACCGAGCCAACUGGAAAUCAAGCGUCCGCAUAGAGGAUAAGCGGUACGGCAGUGUGCGGGUACGUCUUCCACCCAAAUCGGUACAUACGAUGCUCUACCUAUAAGACUGACUUCUAGUACCAACAUCAAACCAAACCAGUGCUACGACAAACCAUCGUAACCUCGCAGAAUCAAUAGACGGGAGGAACAAAAAACAAACCAAAAGCGAACACACACACAAAAAACCCCCGAAGAAUAAAUGGAAGCUCGUUAGGAAGCUGAAGGUGCAAAGAAAGACGGCAUUACAGUCUGCUCGGCUUGGCACAAUUUGAAA